AUGGCGACAGCGCGAACAACGGGCGCUGACGCGCAGGCGGAGGAGCUGCGGAGGAGAAACGUAGCUGGCCAGAUAGCUUCGCCCGUCGUGAACACAGCUCAGAUUAAGGAGAAAUCCAAGGAGAAGCCUUUCGAGCUCCUGGCCUUCCUCGACGAGUACGAGUUCAUCUGGGCCCCGCUCAUCUUCACCGCGCUCGCUUUCUUCACGCGCAUGUACAAGAUCGGUCUUUCGCCAAUUGUCACCUGGGACGAGGCUCAUUUUGGCAAAUUCGGGUCCCACUACCUCAAGCGCGAGUUCUACUUCGAUGUCCACCCUCCCCUCGGCAAGAUGCUCGUCGGUCUCUCUGGCUAUCUCGCAGGAUACAACGGCUCCUUCGAGUUCAAGUCCGGCGAAACGUACCCUGAGGAGCUGAACUACACCUUCAUGCGUCUGUUCAACGCUGCGUUUGGCGCUGUCUGCGUGCCUCUGGCCUAUUUCACCGCGAAAGAGUUGAACUUCCGCAGGCCCACUGUCUGGUUCGUCACCUUGGCCGUUCUCUGCGAGAACUCGUACACCACCAUCAGUCGCUUCAUUCUCCUCGACUCUAUGCUUCUCUGCUUCACCUUCACCACCGUCUUUUGCUGGUCCAAGUUCCACCGCCAGCAGCAUGAUCCCUUCUCUCCCGAGUGGGGACUGUGGUUGAUGCUGACUGGUGUGUCAAUUGGAUGCGUAUGCAGUGUCAAGUGGGUUGGUUUCUUCGUUACUGCUCUGGUUGGCCUCUACACCAUCGAGGACCUCUGGAACAAGUUUGGCGACCUCAAGAUGCCCAAGAUGGAACUUGUCACCCACGUCGCCUUCCGCGUUUUCAGUCUCAUCCUCAUUCCUCUCGCUGUCUACACCUUCUCGUUCUAUCUCCAUUUCUUGAUCCUCGAGAACAGCGGUCCCGGCGACGCACAAAUGAGCUCGCUCUUCCAGGCCAACCUCCGUGGUACUGAAGUCGGAAAGAACAGCCCGCUCGAGAUCGCAUACGGCUCGCGCGCCACGUUGAAGAACAUGGGUUACGGAGGAGGUCUGCUCCACUCCCACGUCCAAACCUACCCUGAAGGCUCGACUCAGCAGCAGAUUACCUGCUACCACCACAAGGAUUCCAACAACGACUGGUUCUUCUACCCCAAUCGCCACGAGGUCCCAUUCGAGGCCGAUGAGGAACUCCGCUAUCCCGGCAACGGCGACGUCAUCCGUCUCAUUCACGCGCAGACCGGCCGCAACCUCCACUCCCACUCGGUCGCUGCUCCCGUUACAAAGGCCGACUACGAAGUUUCUUGCUACGGCAACACUACAGUCGGUGACACAAAGGAUCACUGGGUCGUCGAAGUCGUUCGUGACGCCGCCUCGAGGGACCACUCGCGGAUCCGUACUCUGACAACCGCUCUGCGCUUCAAGCACAAGGACUUGGGCUGCUACCUCCGCGCCGGCAACGUCAACCUGCCUCAGUGGGGUUUCAAGCAGAUCGAGACCACUUGCGUCAAGCAGAACAACCCCCGUGAUGUCUACACCCACUGGAACGUCGAGAGCCACACCAACGAGAAGCUGCCCCCUGGCAACCCCGGUGAUUACAAGUCUCCUUUCUUCCAGGACUUCAUCCACCUCAACGUUGCCAUGAUGACAUCCAACAACGCCCUUGUCCCUGACCCAGAUAAGCAGGACGACCUUGCUUCUGCUUUCUGGCAAUGGCCCAUCCUCCACGUCGGUCUCCGUAUGUGCGGCUGGAACGACGACAUUGUCAAGUACUUCCUCCUUGGUAACCCCUUCGUGUACUGGGGCAGUACGGCCAGUCUUGGCAUCUUCGGCCUGAUCGUUCUCUGGUACGUGGUCCGAUGGCAGCGCGGCUACAACGACCUGAAGCAGGCCGAGAUCGACCAGAUCCACUACGCUGGUAUCUACCCCGUCAUCGGCUGGGUCCUGCACUACCUCCCCUUCAUGGCCAUGGGCCGCGUCACCUACGUUCACCACUACUACCCUGCGCUGUGGUUCGCCAUCUUGACCAUGGGUUUCUGUCUCGACUUCACAACAAGGAACCUCAAUAAGCAGGUCCGCUGGGGCAUCUUCGCUGUCCUGUACGCGGUCAUCAUCGGACUCUACUGGCUGUUCCGCGCCAUCUCGUUCGGCAUGGUCGGUCCCAGCAGCCAGUGGAGCCACCUCAAGUGGUUCGAGAGCUGGAGGUUCACCGACUGA